AUGGCCAUAAAGAAAUCUAAAAAAGCCACCGAAUCAAUCAAUUCACGUCUGGCACUAGUAAUGAAGAGUGGCAAGUAUGUUUUAGGAUACAAAUCCACUCUUAAAACUCUUCGUCAAGGCAAAGCCAAACUUGUUAUUAUCUCUGGAAAUUGUCCACAAUUGAGGAAAAAUGAAUUGGAAUAUUAUGCUAUGCUUUCAAAAACUACUGUACAUCAUUAUACUGGCAAUAACAUUGAUCUCGGAACAGCCUGUGGUAAAUACUUCCGUGUUGGUGUUUUAAGUAUCACCGAUCCUGGUGAUUCUGAUAUUCUUUCUAGCUCUCAAUAA